AUGAAUUGCCCGAAUAGUGUUAGUGAUUUCAGACCCAUUGCUUGUUGCAAUGUGGUCUAUAAAACUAUCAUGAAGGUGUUAUGUGCUAGAAUGAGACAGGUCCUUCCAAGCCUAAUUGCGGAUAACCAAGGAGGGUUUGUCCAUGGCCGAUAUAUUUCUCAUAAUAUUCUUAUUUGCCAAGACCUUGUUAAGCUUUAUGGUAGGCAAACUGCUUCUCCCUCUUAUAUGAUCAAGAUGGACCUCAAGAAAGCUUAUGACACAGUGGAGUGGGAGUUCAUUCGGGAAAUGUUAGAUGCCCUUCUUUUCCCCACUGCUUUUAUUAAUCUGAUCAUGGAAUGUGUCACAUCUCCCAAGUUUUCCUUGCUCAUCAAUGGCUCGUUACAUGGCUUCUUUUCUUCUAGAAGGGGGUUACGACAAGGAGAUCCAUUGUCUCCACUUCUAUUUGUGAUUGGCAUGGAAUAUUUAUCCCGUUUGCUUUCUUUGAUCUCUAAGAAGAAGGAAUUCAAGCAUCACCCGAGAUGUAAAGCUUUAAGAUUGAAUCACCUUUGCUUUGCUGAUGACGUUUUGCUUUUCUCUAAAGGUGAUACUAUGUCCAUUCUUCUUUUGUUGAGAGCCUUCAAGAGGUUCUCGAACACAUCUGGACUGCAUGCAAAUCCUUCCAAAACUUCCAUUUAUUGUGCUGGGAUGAAGAAUGAAGAUGUUGAGUACAUUCUAAAUGCCUCGGGGUACACUCAAGGCCAGCUCCCAUUUCGGUAUUUGGGGAUUCCUAUUUGCUCCAAAAGAAUUUCCAAAGCUGAAUGUGAAAGUAUAAUUGAGAAGAUGGUGGCUCGAAUUAGAGUUUGGAGCUCUCGGCAUAUUUUAAUCAAUAGCAUUUGUCGUGCUUUUCUUUGGAAGAGUAAUUCAAACUCUUGUGGUCCGGGUCUUGUUGCUUGGAAGAAUAUCUGUCUUCCUAAAGAUGAAAGGGGGCUUGGUUUUCGUAAUAUAGAACACUGGAAUAUUGGAGCUUUGAGUAGGUAUGUUUGGGAUAUAGCCAAAAAGAAAGAUAAUCUCUGGGUUCGUUGGGUACACUCUGUAUAUAUCAAAGAUGAUUGUUGGUGGAGAUAUGAGGCUCCACAAAAUGCUAGUUGGUAUUGGAAAAAGAUUGUUAUGGUCAAGAACAUCAUCAAGAACAAUAUGGAAGAAUCUAUCUUCACCCAAAUGAACUUUAGUAUCACUAAAGUUUGCUCUCUUCUUUGGCCGAAGUCAAAUGACAGGAAGGUUUGGUUUUCUUCCAUUUGGAAUCGGCUAAGUACUCCCAAGCACAAGUUCAUCACUUGGCUUGCUUGUUUAAACAGGUUACAAACUAGAGAGAGACUCCUUAAAAUUGGACAUAUUGUUGAUGCUAAUUGUCCUUUUUGUGGUGCUCAUUUAGGGUCGCAUCUACACCUCUUCUUUAGGUGUCACUAUAGCUCUACAGUGGCCCAAAUUAUCUUUACUUGGGCAAGUUUCAAUGUGCAUAAAAUGGAGCUAGAAGCUUGUAUCAAGAAGAUCAAGAGGACGAAGCAAUCCAAAUUUCGAAGAGAGGUAUAUCUUGCCAUUGUGAAUAGCCUUGUAUAUAAUGUUUGGGAAGCUAGAAACAAUACUUUGUGGAAUGAUAAUGUGUAUACUGUUAAUACUCUUGUACAGAAAAUUAAAAGAGGAAUUUGUAAUAGGUUUUCUCUUUUUAAAAAUGAGAAAACAAGUCAUAGUGAUUGUAAUUGGUUUGAGCAAAUGAGCCAUGUUUAG